GGAAGGGGGGAAAUCAUAAGUGACUAAUGUUAAAGUUCUAAACUAAACUCAUCCUUUAAGACUAAGGAGGUGUAGAGGGAGGAGCCCUUCCAAAGUAAGCUUUUUUGUACAUAGUCCACCUCAUAUACAUCCAUCCCCUGGGUCAGAGAGGGCUGGCACUGCUCUGUGAAACUGGAGCUCUCUGUUUGCAGUUCACACUUGUAAGUAAAGAACGAGAGAACUGUUCUUUUAUACUGUAUAUGGGAAUUUAGCUGUAGCAGCUACAACUGCAGGAAUGGCUGUGGGAUUGUGGUUUCUUCUUAAACUCUCAUUCCUGCUUGAGCUGGCUGCCUCAGUCAGUUUCUUCCAUCACCGAUACGAUGACCUUGUGCGAGCUCUUUACAACGUGCAAAAUGAGUGUCCAUACAUCACUAGGAUUUACAGUAUUGGAAGAAGUAUCCAGGGAAGGCACCUCUAUGUUAUUGAAUUCAGCGACCACCCAGGAGUGCAUGAACUCAUGGAGCCAGAAUUUAAGUAUGUUGGGAACAUGCAUGGAAACGAAGUCCUUGGAAGAGAAUUACUUAUUCAGCUUGCUGAGUUUUUAUGUGAAGAAUAUCGAAAUGGUAAUGAACGUGUAACUAAUCUAAUACGGUCUACACGGAUACAUAUUCUACCUUCCAUGAAUCCAGAUGGAUAUGAAGUCGCUGCAGACCAGGGACCAACAACUAAUGGAUAUCUGACUGGGAGAAACAACUUUAAUGAAAUAGAUUUAAAUCGUAAUUUCCCUGAUCUAAAUAUUGUAAUGUAUUUUAAUGAAAAAAAUAAUGGACAAAACCACCAUAUUUCCCUCCCGGACAACUGGAAAAGCCAGGUGGAGCCAGAAACCAUGGCUGUAAUACAGUGGAUGCAAAGUUACAAUUUUGUCCUUUCUGCUAAUUUGCAUGGGGGAGCUGUUGUGGCAAAUUACCCAUAUGAUAAAUCCAAAGAAGUGAGGAUAAGAGGUUAUAGACGCACCUCCUACACAGCUACUCCUGAUGACAAGCUGUUUAAAAAGCUUGCAAAGGCUUAUUCUUAUGCCCAUGGAUGGAUGCACCAUGGAUGGAACUGCGGAGAUUACUUUGCAGAUGGAAUUACUAAUGGAGCUUCUUGGUACUCAUUGUCUAAAGGAAUGCAAGACUUUAAUUAUCUUCAUACAAACUGUUAUGAAAUCACCCUGGAACUGAGCUGUAAUAAGUUUCCACGACAAGAAGAGCUGGAGAGAGAGUGGUUUGGUAACCGUGAGGCUCUUGUUAGCUACAUAGAAGAGGUUCAUCAAGGUAUCAAAGGAUUGGUAACAGAUGAAAAUAAUAAUGGAAUUCCUAAUGCAGUGAUCUCAGUGAACGGAAUUUUUCAUGAUAUUACGUCUGGUGAAGGAGGUGACUAUUUCCGGCUAUUGUUACCUGACACAUAUGUUGUAACGGUGUCUGCAGAAGGUUAUUUUUCAAAGAGUGUGACUGUAACUGUUGGGCCUGAAGCUCCUUCAGUGGUGCAUUUCCAGCUAAAACAAGAGAAAAUGAAUUCAAAGGAAAAAUUGGCAUAUAAAAAUUUGAAUGCCAAAGCGCAGAUGAAGAAGAUAACUCCACGAACAAUUAUCAGAAAGAGGAGAUGAAUUUAUUACUAACGUAACCUACAUUUAUAUUUAUCCUGAUAUCUGCUGCAGAUUCAAGCAACAAAGGCUGUAGAGGAAGGACUUAUUCAUAUCCAUAAUAUUGGAAUUCUAUAAAUUCUCUAACAAAUUCUUGGCUGCAUUAUGAAGAUAACAUGAUUGAUACAAACUCUAGUUUUCUUUGAACCUGGUGCAAAAACUGAUUUGUAAGAUUACGGACUGGAACAUAUUUCCUAUUAAGGCAGAUUAUAAAAUACUUAAAAUGUUAAUGAGAUAUAAAAUACAUAUUUUUAAACUGUAACUGAUUUUAUUUUUUUAAAUAAAUAUUCUGUAUACCUUAAAUAAUCAUAAAUGUUAACGUUUUAAAGUAA